AUGAGUUUUAUAUUGUUUAUUUUGUUAUCUGGGGUUUUUUCCUCAGAGAGUAGUACUUUGAGGCCCACAAUGUCAGCAUUACCUACUUUGAUGUCAUCAAGUGAAGAUGCAUAUAGAGAGGCAGAAGAAAAGUAUAAGGAAGAAGCUCACACUGGUAUUCCUGCUAAUGAGAAAACUGGUGACCAUUACAAAGAUAUAAAACAAUAUAAACCUAACAAGGCAACUAGAUAUGACAAACCCACCACUGAAGAAGAAGAAUCUCAAGAAACCUAUCAUAACAGUUUUCAAAAAUCAACUCCCAAUGUGCCUGCAUUUUGGACAAUGUUAGCUAAAGCUCUAAAUGGGUCGGCAGUGUAUAACAUGGACGAAAAAGAUCAGUUAUUCCACCUAAUUCCAAGAUCAGAUCUAUUGAUGGCAAAUGAUGACAAAAUAUCAGAGCUAGAGGAGCUUAAGAUCAAAUUGAUGCUGGGCAUCUCGUUGAUGACCCUGUUCCUUUUUUUGAUCCUCUUGGGAUUGUGCUGUGCCACACUGUUCAAACUGAAGCGGAUGGGUCAGAACGAUUAUGAGAGUCAAUAUUCUAUCAACCCAGAACUGGCUACCAUGUCCUACUUUCAUCCAUCAGAAGGUGUAUCAGAUACAUCUUUUUCUAAAAGUGCAGAGAGCAGCACUCUUUGGGGCAAUACUUCUUCAGAUAUGAGAAGCACAAGCCCAAGAACAAGAUCGAAAGCUACAGAUAUGAUUUCCACGGGCUCGGAAGAUAUAAGCCUAAACGAUGAGUCAGAUUUACUAAAUACUGAUUGA